AUGUCGCCCAAAGCCGCAAACAUCGAGUUCCAUGUUAAGCCUUAUCUCAAGGCCGAGCUCGAGGACUGUGCGCAUGGGGGAGAGUUAUAUAAGAAUAAAAAGGACAUUGAGGAUUCUGGCAGGGUGGAGGCUGAUCCCGAUAUCAGUGCCGCGGUCAACAUCCACUACUACGAGCUACUAGUUCCGGAGCUUCAGGGUAAAAAACCUAAAUAUGGAUUUUAUCGGGGGUGGCGGAAUGUCUCUGUGCAGCCAGGCACAACUAAGACACAUCCAAUCGAAGCUGAAGAGUACAUUGUGUCUGCCGAGGGUCUUUACAACCCGGUGGACACAGUUGUGGUUACUGCUCAAAUUUCAUCUACAAGUCUAACAGUAAAGCCACACACAUCGACCAUCAAAGUGGGGUUCGAUGUCCAGAGAUAUAGCGCGAUGUAUUUGAUGAUGGACAAGACCAUUACCACAAAUUACUCGGGGCUCACACACGAAGGCGUCAAGGUAAAGGUAGAGAGGCACGUUAACGAACUGGGUGGCAAGCUAUCCUACUUGUUCCGGAGUCGCCUGCCUCGGACAAGCAAAGUGCACCGUAAACUUCUGCCAGCGAACGAGGUUCCCUCUGUUGAUGUCGGUGUUGAUUCAAUCACUAAGAACAACCUUAUAUAUUCAUUUCACACUGAGGGAUGUCCCAACCACUGGUUUCAUACACGUCAAGGUCGAGGUGGUUUUUCCUGUGGAGUCCUGAUCCCAAAUGGGACUGUCCUGGUGCGCCUUACUUCGGAGGAAACGGGGUUUAUCUAUACAAAGAAUGUGAACGUCCAGGACAAUGACCCCUACUUCUCGGUGCCGGUGCAGCCAGGGAAAUACAAGGUCCAGGCAAAAAAUUUUAUCGACAAGAAUCACAUCCUUCACAGCAUUGCAUUCGGCCAGCAGUUAACUGUGAAAAACGACCCUACCACACUGACACUGACGCUGGACUCCAAAGUCGAUCUUAAUGCCGUUAGCUUCCCCGCUUCCUGA